AUUUUCUAAUAUAUAUAUAUAUAAGCUCAAUUAUUUUUUGGGAUAUAGGCUUAUGUGACCCAAGAUGAUGCACUCAUGAGUACUCUAACAGUAUGGGAAGCGGUGUACUACUCAGGCCAGCUCCACUUGCCAAGCACCAUGUUGAGCUCUCAAAAGAAGGGGAGGGCUGAGAUAACCAUUCAAGAGAUGGGUUUACAAGAUGCAAUGCACACAAGGAUUGGGGGUUGGGGGGCCAAGGGGCUCAGUGGCGGCCAAAAGAGAAGAGUGAGCAUUUGUAUUGAGAUCCUCACGAGGCCCAACCUUCUCUUUCUUGAUGAGCCCACUAGUGGGCUCGACAGUGCUGCCUCUUACCAUGUCAUGACUCGAAUUGCUCGUUUGGCCCAGCAUGAUGAUCGAACUGUAGUUGCUUCGAUACACCAGCCUAGUGCUGAGGUCUUCGGCCUCUUCAACACACUAUGCCUGCUCUCCACUGGGAGGACUCUGAUUUUUGGCCAAGCCUCCGAAGCAAAUGACUUUUUUACACUCAAUGGCUUGCCUUGUCCUUUAUUGAGAAACCCGUCGGAUAACUUCCUCCACACCAUCAACACCGAUUUUGACAAGUCCGAGGUUCUUGCUUGUUGCUAAGAAGUUGUCAACUUCCUUAAGAUAUUGAACAAGGUCCCGACGCCAAGGCAACAGAAGCUGCUAAGGCGAUUGAUAUCUUAGUCAACUCUUACAAUUCCACCAUCGCCAACCAAGUCCUUGCUCUUGUAGCUGACAUCUCCAAGUGGGUAAGAUACACCUCUCUCUUCCUCUUUUUCUCUCUCUAGAAUUUUUUGGAUCCGGUUCAGACCCAAAUCCUAAAAGUAUACAUCGGAUCGCAAAUAUUCAAAUCUAGAUCCAAAUCCAAAGUCUAUUAUAAAGUUGAAAUAUAAUUAUAUUACGA